AUGGCCUGUCGCUCCCAAUGGGGAGUGCUCCACCCCUGUUCUCAGUUUGGCCAAUCCACGGCCGAAUCUCCGCUCAGCUGCCAGGCACAAGCAGAGGUUCGGGCUCUGCCCACCGCUGAGGUUGCGGCUGGAGCCGAGCCCCGGGGGCUGUGGGGCUUGUUCCGAGGAGGCCCGGGCCUAGGGCUCCCGGGCGUAGGGUGGAGACGAAGCCUAGGCUGGAGCGCCAUGAGCCAAGAAGAGCAGGUGGGUGACCGCCUCUCUGGCCCUCAGCCGCAGCCCCAGCCUCAGCCUGCGCGGUCGCUGGGCCCCCGCACUUUCACCAUCGACAGCAUUCUCAGGCCGGAUCUGCGAGGGGCACGAAGGCCUGGAUACUGCUGGGGGCCUCGGGGAUUUAGCCCAGCCCAUGAGCCUCAGCAGUACGAGGACCCAGAUGAGGAGGAAGAGGAGGAAGAGGAAGCAGCGGUAGCCGUGGAGGUCGGGAGGCGCGAUCUCGUCUCGGGAAAGGCAGAGAGCAGUAGUCCGAGCCGGAGCCGGAGCCAGAUUCGGAGCCUGAACCCAAGUAGGAGCAGGAGCACAAGCCGGACUCGCGGCUGGGACCCGGACCAGUAUAGAGGGGCAGGCGGAGGCCUCCAAGGGGUCUCAAUGCCUAGGGAGCUGCUAUGUCCCAGAGGGAGCAGCCCCGACACCACAGACCCCAGCGAGUGCCGAGCUGGGCCAUCUUCUGGGCCGCAGUCCAGCAAAAAGAAGACCAGGACCAUCUUCUCGAAGAGUCAAGUGUUCCAGUUGGAGGCUACGUUCGACGUGAAGCGCUACCUGAGCAGCGCUGAGCGUGCGGGCCUGGCUGCCUCCCUGCAGCUCACCGAGACGCAGGUGAAGAUUUGGUUUCAAAACCGCAGAAACAAACUAAAGAGACAGCUGGCUGCCGAGCCCGAUGGGCCAGUGGGUACCCAGGCGUCCGAUCAGGCCCCGGAGAUGCCGACCCUUUACAAGGACUCGGCCUUCCUCAGUCGCUAUCUGUUGCCGCUGUCUCUUCCCCUUCUGUAUCCCGGGCACAGCUUCCCCUACCUCUGCCUCCCCCGGCCAGGGAAAUAUUUCAGUCUUCUCGAUGGAGAUGUAUAAAAGCCUCCCUUUUCUUCCCUCAUGCGCUCGACUUUCUACCGCUUUACACACAUUUUCCCCUAUCUUUCCCCCUUCCCCUCUUUGAGAAUCUUUGCUGUCUCAUUUCUCUUUUCUCCAUUGCCCUCUCUGUUGAUUUACUCUAUUUCUUCUUCUUUUCUUUCUCCCCCCCCUCCCUCUAUCUCCCACUCUUCCUCUCCUCAAUCACCCUUUCUUCCUUUCUAACUCUCACUAAAUCCUAAAUAAUAGAGUUCCCCAGCUCCUUUAUUUUUUGGUACCUUUAAUUUAUCUCCCCCAAAUAUUUCCCCUUCCUCCUCCUGUUUAUUUCUUCAGUUUCAAACCCCUAAUACCAAAUAUUUCUAUGCAAAUCUUUCGCUUUCCUGAAGGAUUUAUUUGCUCUCUUCUUCUGCUCCACCAUUUCUCCCUAUCCCCCACACAGACCCAGUUAUAAUGAGAAUCAUUGUUCUAAGACCAGCUUUUUUGGCCCAACUAAGACCAGGAGUCAGAGGGAAGGCAGUCAUUUGGGCAUCUUUCCUUGGCAGUGUCUAACCCAAAUUUCUCUAGAUCAAGGGAUGGCCUCUUAUUCCCUGCAGUAUGGUGAAGUUCAGCUCCAGGAUCCCAGUAUAGGUCUGGGUCCUACCUUCUUUCCUACUUCCUCAGAAUGCAAGGGAUCCAAGAGACCAUACAGCAUUGGUGAGAUGGGCCCAGCAACAUCCUCAGCCCAUCCUAGCUGGCAGGAACUGCACAUCAUUCCCUGCUAUACCACUCCCAGCUCUGACACCCUUCCUGACCCUUCAGCACCAACCUUCCCUCUGUCGCAUCUUCUCUUUUCCAAGGUCCCCCAUUCUGCUUCUCUUAUUUUCACUUCAAAACAAAACAAAACAAAAAUGCAACUCAAUGUUGUCUGUUCUCCUCAAAUUUCUAUUAGCCGCCAGCCUCCUCUAGCCAUGGUGGGAAAUCAGCAAUCUUAGAAGAAAAGGGGGGUUAUGAUCUUCCUCUUGACUAUCUAUUUUCCUUUUAAAGGGCCCCACAAUUCCCAUGCUGCACCCUUCCCCCCACCAAGGACAUACACAUAGACACCUAACACAACAUAUCCUGAAGAUUUAUAGGAUGGGAAAGGGGGAAGAAUUAGAGUGCAAGUCAGAUUGAGAAGCCAGAUGCAAAGUAGGAAGAGUGAUGGAGUAGGAAAACUGAGUUCAAAGCUCACCUGACAUUAACUCACUGAAUAACCUCAGAUAAGAAUUUCUCUGAACCUCAGUUUUUUGUUGUUGUUUUUUUAAAUCUGGAAAGUCAACAGGUUGAAUUGGAUGAUCUCUAAAAUUCUCUUCAAAUACUUUUAAUUUUCUAUAUUCUGAAAUCCAUUCUUACUCUAAAAUAGAUAAAAAAUCUAUUAUUUUAGGCCUUUAGCUACCAAAAGGUUUAUCCCAGAUGGAAGAUACGAAAUUUGGGCAAGUCAGUGUGCCUCAGGAAGAAGAACAAAUCGCAGAUUCUCCUGUCCCUCUUUCUCUGACCUGAGAUUUUCAAACCCAAGGGAGACCCUAAUGAGUUGAGUCAUUAGUGACUCUAAUAAGGCAACUUUCUCUCCUAAAGCAAAUUGAUGUUAGAAAAUUGGAGGUAUGCUUCAAAAGUGAUCUAACAUUACUGUGAGUGCUGUAUAUUCCUCCUCACCAAGGGAAUUUCAUCCUUUUUGUCCAUAUGAACAAUUCCUGAGGGUAGUCCUAGACAAAGAAUCCUUAACCUUUGGUGUGUGAUUUAAAAAAAAUUAUGAUAACUGAAUUUCAAUAUAAUCUAUUUCCUUUUUAAUCUUAUAUAUUUUAUUUAUGCAUUUAAAAAUACAGUCCUGAGAACAGGCCCAUGGAUUUUACCAGACUGCUAAAGAAAUCCAUGAUCCAAAAAAGGUUUAGAACUCCUACACUAGAGUAUGUGGACAGGAGAUUUUCAGGAAAGGAAAAGACCUCUCAGUGUCCCUCAAAUCCCAGUCAUGUUUGUGAGGAAUUGCAUUGCCUCUGAAGCAGAUUGAUGGGGCAGCAACCUAGCUGAACACUAGCAGACCCAAAUGGUGGAGUCUGGAGGGUAUGUGUGGGCUGACAACUCUGGAGAGAGUAUAACCGAACUUCAAAGGACCCCGGUAGGGGGGUGGGAGCAGCUAGGUGACUCAGUGAAUAAAGAUCCAGGCCAGGAGAUGGGAGGUCCUGGGUUCAAAAUCUGUCCUCAGAUACUUCCUAGCUGUGUGAACCCUGGGCAAAUCAUUUAACUCCCAUUUGCCUAGCCCUUUCUACUCUUCUGCUUUAGAACCAAUAUAUAGUAUUGAUUAUAAGAUGGAAUGAAGGUAAAGGUUUAAAAAGAAGACCUUAGAGAUCCCUUAGGUGAACCCCUAUCUGAACACGAAUCUCUUCUAUAGCACAUCUGAUAAGUGGUCAAUCAGUCUUUUCUUCAAAGUUUCUAGUGUUGUGGUUCUGAGGUAGAACAAAACACUUUGGAACAGCUCAGAUUGUUAUGAAGUCCCUUCCCUAAUCUGAGCCCAUUUCUGCCUCUGCAAAUCCUUCCUUCUACUACAGGUCUCCUCUUUGGGACCCAAUAAAACAAUUCUGUA